AAUCUCUGUCAUUUGUCCCUCAUCUUGGUUUGGAGUAGUUACAUAGCCGGCUUCUCCUGAUCUUAUAAACGAGUUACAAAUAAAUUUUCUAUUAGAAGUCAUCGUGAACUAUCAAGUUCAUUUUACGCAGUAUUAUCGCUAAUUUUCAAGCAGUCUAAUCAGAUAUCACAAUGCGUGAAUGUAUCUCAAUCCACGUUGGCCAAGCUGGAGUCCAGAUUGGUAACGCCUGCUGGGAACUCUAUUGUCUUGAACAUGGAAUUCAGCCUGAUGGACAGAUGCCUUCUGACAAAGUAGCAGGAAGCAGUGAUGACAGUUUCAACACUUUUUUCAGUGAAACUGGAGCUGGAAAACAUGUACCUAGGGCUGUUUUUGUAGAUCUAGAACCCACAGUUGUUGACGAAGUAAGAACUGGAACGUAUCGUCAGCUGUUCCACCCGGAGCAACUGAUUACUGGCAAGGAAGAUGCCGCCAACAAUUACGCACGUGGUCAUUACACGAUUGGAAAAGAAAUCGUCGACAUUGUGUUGGACCGCAUCCGGAAACUUGCUGACCAAUGCACAGGUCUUCAGGGAUUCCUGAUAUUCCACUCAUUUGGAGGAGGCACCGGAUCAGGGUUUGCUUCUCUCCUUAUGGAGCGUCUUUCAGUUGAUUAUGGAAAAAAGUCGAAACUGGAAUUUGCCAUCUACCCGGCGCCUCAGGUUUCCACUGCGGUGGUCGAACCCUAUAACUCGAUUCUUACCACCCAUACAACUCUCGAACAUUCCGACUGUGCCUUCAUGGUCGACAAUGAGGCGAUCUAUGACAUCUGCCGUAGAAAUCUUGACAUCGAGAGACCGACUUAUACCAACUUGAACAGACUCAUCGGGCAGAUAGUUUCCUCCAUUACAGCAUCUCUCAGAUUUGAUGGAGCAUUGAACGUGGACCUCACGGAGUUUCAGACCAAUUUGGUCCCAUAUCCCCGUAUUCAUUUCCCAUUGGUAACCUAUGCCCCUGUCAUAUCAGCGGAAAAAGCCUACCACGAGCAGCUUUCUGUUGGGGAAAUAACUAAUGCAUGUUUUGAGCCAGCCAACCAGAUGGUAAAAUGCGACCCACGCCAUGGCAAGUACAUGGCCUGUUGUAUGCUGUACAGAGGCGACGUUGUCCCUAAAGAUGUUAACGCUGCCAUUGCAACGAUCAAAACAAAGCGUACAAUUCAAUUCGUUGACUGGUGUCCCACUGGCUUCAAGGUAGGCAUCAACUACCAACCUCCAACUGUUGUCCCAGGUGGGGAUUUGGCUAAGGUACAACGUGCCGUCUGCAUGUUGUCUAAUACAACGGCUAUCGCAGAGGCAUGGGCCAGGCUUGACCAUAAGUUUGACCUGAUGUAUGCCAAGCGUGCAUUCGUACAUUGGUACGUUGGCGAAGGUAUGGAGGAAGGAGAAUUUUCCGAAGCCCGUGAGGAUCUAGCUGCACUUGAAAAAGAUUACGAAGAAGUCGGCAUGGAUUCCGUCGAGGCUGAAGACGAAGGUGCGGAGGAAUAUUAAGGUCCACAAGGGCAGCUGUAAACCUUCUGAUACUUUGAACAUUUUAUUUUCACCAAUCUUCCCAUUUUCUUUUUUUAUUUGCAAAUAAAAAUCUUGUAAUUCUUUCUGUUUAA